AUCAGUUCAAUAUUCAUUUAUUGCCAUUCGAUUUAUUGUAAGAACAUGCUGUUAUAUUGAACACUACCUCAUAAUCCCAAAUCUACCAAAACCACUUACAGAACAUACAGCAUUUUAAUGUCGUAGUAGGAUUUUUUUUAUGUAGACCUGUAUUCUGUGUGUAUGUGUUUAGGCCAAGUCAUUCAGCAUAUCAGCUGAUUAUUGUCCUACUUUCAUGGUUCCAUUCAUAUAUCUUCCGUGUGCUAAUCUUUUCCGAAGGUUUUUUUUUAUUUGCUGCUAGAUAAGCAUAAAAAAAGGUUAUUAUUGCAUAAACGCCUUGUAUAGUACAGACAACGAGACCGAAAAAGAUCGUAAACUUAAUAAGAAAGUUUUUUUUUGUGUUUUGGUCAACCUUGUUCCAAUAACAUCAUAAGAAUUAAAAUAUCUAUUAGGAGGAUUUUUACCACAAACAAUUGUUAUGAAUAAAGUGUGCCUUUUUAAUUCAAAGACUACCACAAUUAUUGUUCAGAAACGUUGCCGUACCGUUUUUUGAACUGUUUGUUUAGCUUGGCAAACAGCUGUAAACAGUAUGUGCGAUGAAUGUUUGUGGCAUUGCGUCAAAUGGAUCAAUUUAUAUCCUAUAUCACACUAAGUGUUGAUAAUUUGAUUUGAUUUUGAUUUAGUUAUGAUUUAGAAAUUUCCACCAGCGUGGAAAUUUUAUUGCAAGAUUAGUAUUCCACAAACAUUGAUUGUACAGGUAGAGGAUAAAGCUGGUUCUCUAGAUAUGUUCGACAAACUAUGCCGUAAUAAAAUCCGGUGCGCAAUUGGGCCGAAAUCGUGCGUAAAUCAGCAUGAAUCACAUAAAUGUUGAACGGUACAUCGAUCAAAAAAUAGCGAAAUUGUCAUGAAUAUCACAUGCUUUGUACAAAUAUUGUUAUGCCUUUCAGUCGAAGUCGAGUCCACCCAAAUCAGUUCGAUUGAAGUGUCACUUAUGAAGGCAUACAUACUUCAAGGUGAAGAGAAGUAUUUUUGAGCAUGUGGAAGAAUAUAGAAUUUUUAUUUGUAUGAAUCAGUUGUGUGUACUUCAUACCACGUUAAAUUACAUGCAAAGAAACAAUCAGCUACAGUUAUUCUAAUACUAAUGCUCCGAAGUGAUACUACUGAUGAAUAAUUUAGAUAUUCGGUAAUUAUAUAACCGAAAGUCAAUACAAACUUUGCGCGAUCUCGCAAAAUGUCCAUUGCGGAUUCAAAUUUCCAAUGAACUGAAUCACCCAAUGAAAGGACAUACUCCCCCAAUGAUUGACUACAACACCAAUAUUCUUCUUUUUCUUUGGCACAACAACCGUCGUGGGUUGAGGCCUGUCUGUACCACCAGUAGGCUUGGCUUUGGUCAGUCCUACGUAUGGGGGUACGGUCCAUUUUAGGCUUGAACCCACCACGGGCAUGUUGUUAAGUCGUGUGAGUUGACGACUGUACCAAUAUAUGAAGGCAAAAAUAAGAAAACAGAACAAGAUAAAAAUAACUCAGAAACCAGCGAUGAAUGACUUCGAAAUAAAAGGGUAAUCUGAUCUAAGGCGAUUUUGACACGCACUAACACAGUUGUUGUUUGUUAUCUUCCAACUCAGCAAUAAUAACAUCAUCACUAAACCUCACUAAACAUGCCGAGUUCUGUUUACUGUAACCCCUAGGUACUUUAAACAAUAAGAUGACUAGGUCCACAGAAACGAUUACGUUGGUGGCCGGUUGUUGUUUUCCGCGUGUUUCUAAGUAAGUCUCUAAACUAAUGUUGACAGUAAUAUGUAUCCUGUUUUCCCGGUCAUUGCCCAUAAUCUAAUUACGCUUAGUUUGCACGGAAGGCCAUAUUUCCGCAAAGAACUUGACAUUGAACGGGUUCAAGAACUCACAAUAGACGCGAAGAGGUUUACGACACUAAAUACGCAACAAAUGGGAAUAACAAUGUAAAUUUAGUAAUUUUAGCAAGUUACUAUAAGCGUAGUACAAAAACAUUACGUCAUGAAAUAUACAUGACAUAUACAAUGAUCGUAAUUUUAUACCCACCCCAUAGAACAGUGCUGUCCAACCCUUUUAGGAUCGCGGAUCAUUUGGCUUUGAAAAUACAUUUGCCGCGGCCUAUAUCUAUUGAGGGAUUACAUUUUACAGACUCAGUUUAAUGUUUUUAAUCAAAAAUAUAUUUAAAUCUUGUUCUAUACGUGCCUGUUGAAAAUGUAAUCUUGAUUGUGGGGAGAAAUUGCAUGAUAGUAUAAUAAGAUUUUUAUUUUUUAAAGUAAAUUCUUUUGCGGGCCACAUCUGUUAGAGCCAGGGACCACAGGUUGGAGACCACUGCCCUAGAACACCGAAUAGACGAUCUGAAUCCAUAACGAUCCGAAUAGGAAUCGGCUCACUUACCCGGCUUAUCGAAUAUACAGUAAUGUAUAUCUUAUAAAUUCAGCGUUCUUAUUCUUCUUCUUCUUUACAAAACAACCGUUGUCGGUCAAGGCCUGCCUGUACCCAGUACUGGUGAAGUGAGCUUGACUUUCUUUGACUUAUUGUUACCAUAGCAGGUUAGUCAGUCCAUUUCAUUGCGGUAAUACAAAAGACCUUAUGUAAAAAUGUUUUUUUUACAUUUCACCUUAUUCCGCAAUAACAUUUUGGUAAGAUGAUCGUGGCUAUUUUAUAUUAAAAUAGUUUCUGAUCCUGAAUCAGCUGUUCAUGUCGCACCAUUUUUAAAGUUUUUAUCCAAGGGAAGGCAGCCUGCAGUAGACCUGUUUUGGAUAUGUACCAAAAUUAAAAUCUACGGUUAGUAUUUUAAUAAAAUUACAUGCAGUUAGUCCCGGGCCGGGUAGAUAUCAUCCAAUGAAUAAAAAAGAUCUUGGCUGUUUGAAAUGCCUAUAAAUGAAUGGUUGGAUAGCUGCCAAGUGCAAUUAUGUCGCCAAAAUUUCUGAUAGGUAUUCAUUCGUAUCUUUUUUGUUUGUCCCUCCCUUGAUUCGUGUGGGUGUGACGUCAAGCUCGAAGGAAAAGAACAAGUUUGAUUAAGCAUCCUAAAUAAAACAAUUUUAGUUAACACAAUUUUAAAAACACUUUAAUCAUAUACAUUAGUAACUAAAACUCCGUAUGUGAGCAGUUUUGUUCUAUAAGUAUAUAUAACUAAUAUAAGGAUAAAAUGUUAGGAGUGUAAAUGAUUAUUCGAUUUAUGAGUUCAUGGAAUUGCAUGCAUUUUUCGCAUGUGAUUUUUUUUUGUUUUGUUUUUAUAUAGCCCUUCAAAUCAACCUUUUCAAAUAAAAAAAGAAAAAUGUUAAGCUCACUUUAAACACCUCGUAUCAAUUCUCAAGUUUUAGUUUAAACUGGGUGUUCAUGGUGGCUUAAAAAGGUCUUAAGGUUUAUUAUUCCGUGGAUCUUUAUCGUUAUGGUAUUGCUGAAGUUGUUACAAAUGAUCAUUUUAUAGCCGUACUUAAUCCUGACUCCUAUACACUCUUACAUGAUACACUCUUCCAACUAUGCUUGAAACUAUGUUUGCUACUAUGAACUCAUGAAAAUGUAUUUAAAAUUCGUUCUAUUAAUGAAUGGACGCGGCACCAUCUGCAAUGCUUGGCAUAAACGUGAAACUUUAAAGUUAAACGCAGUAUGAGGAUCUCAAUGAACGGUUUCCUGAAUUUAUUGUGGUAAUUAUGAAUAUACGACAAAAAUGCAAUAAAAAUGUAGCAAGGUUAAAAAAGACUGAUCACAAAAACGAUUUGAGAAGAGCGACUAAGUACAAUAUUCUUUUCAAUUUAAUAAUUAAGAAAAAUUUAAUAAGGAUACAAAUAAAAUCCUUAAAUCGGAAACAAAAAGAAUAAUGUUGGUAAAAUAACUUUGCAAACUUAGAUAGAGUAUGUAAAGUUUUAUUCACUUUAGAUUUAGGCAUUCACAAUAAACGUUAUAUGUAGUACUCAAAUUUCUGUUAUUGUGUGAAAUAUAAACAAUUUUAGUGUAUUCUUAAAAAGGAUUGUGUAGCUAGACAGACACAUUUACUGUAUUCUCCAACAAUACAGGAUGCUAACAAAGUGUCACAUUCGAUCGAAGAAUAACGUCCUGGGAUUUCCUUGGUAACUAAGAACAACAGUGUGUGUCAUUUGAAAACCGUGGGGACUGCUUUGUCAGAAGCGUUCUAUUUUAAUUUAUUUUUCUUCUUAUGUUUAGUGCACGAACACGAAUUGUGCUCGAACAAUAUGCGUGCUCGAGAAACCUUUAAUCGGUUCAAUCCGACCAAGCUCGCUGCCACAUCGAGAGGAUUUAAUAUUGCUUUAAUGAAUCACACUUCUUGAUGACCGGGUUUAACUAUUGUUGAAUAGUUUAAAAAUAAAUCGCCAAGUAUUAAAUUAUCUGAUACGUCAUAAUAGUGAUUACGUGACUAAUAACUCAAUAUUCCAAAUUUCACUAACAAUAUUAUUGUUGUUUUUAUAAUUUCGAUUUUAAUCAUUGUGUAAAACUUGUGAUGCGUCUAUUUCUACAUUCAUGUGAUGUUCAAUUUAGUUGUCAAUUUCAGACAAUUUUUCCGAAUUCCAAUUAAACUUUACUUACUUAAACUUUAGUGUUAUGUUUAGUAAUAUGUUUUACUAAUUGUAUCAUUUAUUGUAUGUAUACAUUUGUUCAGACUCGAAUGUAAAAGAGGAAAAAACCAUUGCCUCUUGAAACAGCACUCUAACGGUUGUUAGUUUUACAAGUUCUUUUCUGCAUCAGCACUCCUGCCUCAGAAUCCCCACUUCAUCUUUGAAUUAUUAUCAGUGCUAACCACCUAAUAACGUCGCAUUAUAAGGAAGCUAGCCGCUUACAUGCAAGUGUUCGCGCACGAUUGAGUUGUGCGGUGUGAUUCGCACGCGGUACCUCGUGCGCACAUUUACUACCUUUCCGGUCGCGCCAAUCAUGAUGACGAUUAGCUGGCGGGUCGUACUGUGUGCCCGAUCCGGUUCUCCCACCCAAUUCCCACCACCUUGUCGUGUCAUGCAAACGUCUCGUGUUCGUACUGUUGGUCUGACGGGUCUUCUGGGCAGUGGCGCAUUGCUGUCUAUGUUUGUUUUGAUCGCUUACCUUCGUUGUAAUGAUGAACAUAGACUGACUAGCUGAUGGUGUGUUUUUACUGUGAACGCAACCGUAGGUGGCUCGACCGAUCAGCUGAUUUAAGUCGAACGGUGGGCAUAUGGUGCGAUACAAUGAGAACUUUUGUACGCUUAUGGCUGUGUAUGUAUGGGUGCCGCACAGUGGUAGUGGAAUUGAGACACGCAUAUGCGGUGGAAGAUAAUUCAACAAAGGAGAGUGGAGAAUGAAGUUUCAAAACAUAGCAUGUAGCUAUGGCAUGGCGGACCUUCUUAUCGGUAAAAACCAAUACAGUGUACUGUCUAGAUGUAGUUUUGGACACAGCUUUUACUGUAUUGAGACUCGGUAAUUGAAUUUCUGGUGGGACCAGACGGUGGUAACGUCUUCGUUUUACAUUUAUAUGCCAUCUAACGGUUCAAAGCGACACCCCGAAUCAUCCUUGAACCUCCCGCGAGUGAGUAACAAUCAACUUCCGCAACCAACGUCUAGGAGCCGGUUUCUUUGUUAAUCUAGCGAUUGAAACCGUCUCGCGACACGUGUUGCUGUCUCGAACGACUUGAACAUUAAAUUUGUAACCCAAACUGUUGGCUUUGCUCCGUGUGCUCUGGACUCUACCGUGCUGUGCUCAGUCCUCUGUAUUUGCAACGUAUUCAACCUCGUGCUGUUUGACAUUAGUCUCCCACAGAUCUGAUUCGUCAAAUGAGAGUCUUCGACGCUAUUUCACUUUCGUACAGUCCCGAGACGCGCUGUCGUUGACAUCGAUGACACUUUCGUUGACUUGGUGUUGAUGUUGAUGAAGGUGGCGGCUGCUGUUGAAACGCGGCGUGUGUGUCCUCAGGUCUCUAAAAGGACGUGCGCGUGCAUUGAGAGUCUUGUGGCGGUGGCAAAUGUUUGAUCACCGGCCUCUCUUGCUCAGCCCAUUGGCGGCGUGUCGUGGAGAAAUCCCAAAAUAGUACCGUGUACGAUGCUAGGGAUUCACUACGUUGUGCACAGCUGUGACACAAAUGUGUAUAUGUGUGUGUGUGUUUUGUGAUCCAAUUUUAAUCAUCAACCACCAAACCUAAACCAAAUCACAACCCUCACGGUGGUGAUCUACUCCCGCUCUCAGUGCCCUGGCGGUGAGAUAGAUUUCAUGUCGGAUAAAGAAAACUGUACCAGCAUGGCAGGAGCGAGUAGAGAGAUUUAACAAAGCCACGCUCCCUCAGAUCGAGACGGCGCAUGUGAUCGACCCUAGGGUGCAGCAAGUCGAGUCUCCCGACCAGUCCGUAUCAGCAUGUUAGUAUGAUGAGUUCGGUGAUGUUGUCUGAGGUUAAGUUGCAAAGCGCUUAACGCUACCCGAUCCUGAAUUAAAACGAUCGUGUUUGGAGCAAAACUUCUUACUGUGGAUUCUUGAACAAAGGUGUAACGAAGCGGUGGACAUUUAGAACACGGGUCAUCGGCAUCUUGGAAGCGCUCCCAGCUAAACGAAUUUAGUGUCGUCCGCGUGUGGUGCAUUGCGUUUUCGAUAGUGUCGGCUGUGUGCGUGCCAGUGAGUGUAAUGUCAAAGGGUAGGGUCGUUCGUCGCCAUCGCUGUAGUUUGAACGGGUUCGGAUUACGAAUCGAAUGCAACAUACGACAAACUUACCUUUUGGUCCAAACAGUAUCAAUAACAAUAACAAACACACAACAUAGUAAUCCUUUAUAGCUGAAAUAAAAUUGAUCAAGUUGGCUGUUCAAGUAAACUAUCUAGUUGAUAGUAGGCUGAGCGUUGUUACUUGCAUCCCUCGCAAAAUCGAUCCACCUGUUAGAAAUACGGCGGCGGUAAUAGCAUCCACCGACCAAGAAUACGAUUUGCGAUAUAGGGGUAUGGUAUAUUUUCUGGGUGAUUGGGGCAUGGGAGAUAUUGAACGUACUACGGCGCAACAUGUCCCUACAAAUUUGCAGCAACUCAAUUUCCACAACCAUACCAGUAGCCAGCAGCAUCAGCAGCAGCAGCAGCAGCAGCAGCAGCAGCAGCAGCAACAGCAAACACAGCAGCAACAUGAACAACAUCUUCAGCAGUCGCGAUCUGUACAGUACAACAAUGUUACCCAACAUCUUCAACAGCAGCAUUUGCAGUCGCCGCAGCACCAGUCCCAUCGCUAUGAACGAUCGAGUGCUGGCGGUAGUUUCAAUGUAACGAAGAGUGAGAAUAUCUCUACCUACUUGAAAGAAGUCCAGCAGCAGCAACGCGCUCAGCAGGUUGAUGUUCGACAAAACAACGUCAAGGUCGCCAACGGUGGCUUCCAACAACAACUACUGCGCACCGGAUCUGGACAUCAUCAUGAGCAGGAACAGCUGCCGAAACAGCAUACCUUGCACUUUCAUCACCAGCAGCAACAACACACGCACCACGAUGUCGAAAGCGAUGAGGACGAAAUCGCAUUAUAUCCUCUCAAUAAUCAGGUUGGCGGUCACACGAGGCUUUUGUUGCUAAACCAGAGCACUGUGAUUAAACCCCUUAACCUUCGCGAACUUGAGUUCUAUCAAAACAUUCCCAGCGAUAUACAGCAGUUCGUUCCAAAGUACAGAGGUGUGAUGCAAGCAACUACUAUGGGUGGUUCUAAACUGGAGAAACGUUAUUCACCCAGCUUCCGUGACGACCCUAUUCGAAAGACUGCAGCAUCAAAAAGGAAGCGCGAAGAAGUGUUACGGAUGAAAAUACAUAAAAAUGGAAUACCUUCCGAAGUGUUAAAAAGUAUUGCACAGAUAGACAACUCUAAUAAACAAUAUUUUCUAAUGCUGGAAAACAUAACUUCCGCUUACCGGAACCCAUGUAUACUGGAUCUCAAAAUGGGCACACGACAACAUGGUGAUGACGCAUCGGCGGAAAAACGAAGCAAGCAGAUGGCCAAAUGUGCGGCUAGCACAUCCGCCUCACUUGGCGUCAGGCUGUGCGGUAUGCAGGUUUACCAGGCAAAUCUUGAUCAUUACAUGAAACGAGACAAGUACUGGGGCCGUGAACUUACUGAAGACGGUUUCAAAGGAGCGCUUCAUAACUUUUUCCACAACGGAUACCGGUUACGGACGAAGGUCAUUGCAAAGGUGCUUGGCAAGUUGGAGCAGUUGCGUCGUGUUAUCGAGAAACAAUCGAGCUAUCGCUUCUACUCGUGCUCCCUUCUAAUCGUUUACGAAGGAUACGAAGAGGUUCCGGUGCCAAAUGCCGGUGACUAUCAUUUGCUUGAAACGGAAUCAAACUCAUGCUGCUAUGAUGCGGACGCUUCAAACAGCUCGAUUGAGCAGUACCUGUUGUCCUCUUCUAACGAGGAAUCUCCGAUACCGUCAAACAUCACCUCAUCUGUAAAUACACGCCGUACAUCAACGUCCAUGGCCACCGCAAUAGCAGCAAUGGCCGCGGCAACCAAGGCUACCACACUCACCACUGCAGCAACCUCCAACCCGAUGCGGCCACCACCGGCGAUAGCUGCUCGUGAUGAUGAUAGCACACAAAGGAGCAUUUUCACCGAGCAUCAUUUCCGCAGCGUUGUAACGGACGAUGAUAACAACCGGGAAAGGCGAAUCGAUAGUACCGCCUGUUCGCGAGAAGCUCAUGCAUCCGAAACUAAAAUCGUGCCCUUUGUUCCGAUAUCGGAAGAAACGAUCUAUCCCGGUGGACCAACGGACGAUGGUUCGACCUCGCCAAGCGAUGCCAUUCCAAUGCCGUCAGGGGUUGCGGGCGCGGCACAAACUCUCACCAGUUCCAGUCCACACUCUAUGGAUUCGUGGAUGAACUACAGCAGCAAUAGUAAUAGCAGCAGCGAUGAUUAUGCUUCGUCGUUUGUGGUACCGAACCAUCUGCAAAGUUCCUCUGCAGUUCAACCAGAAGCUGGGUCCGAAUUUGAAGAUAGCUUCGGUGGCGAUGGUGUAUGCGACCGAAUUGAGGGAAGGCACCACAGUACGGCAAGUUCCGGAGUUGUGGACUUUAGUACCAGUAUUAAGUUCGGCCACAGCAAACUCGUUGAGCAGAGCAGCAAUAUUAGCAAUAAUAACAGCGCACCGAUUGGAAACAAGACGAGAGAAAACAACGGUGCAAGGAUCGAUAGGACUGAUGAUGGGAGCAGCGUUGUAGAUAUUGGAAGCAAUUUCGAGGAAGGACAGCAUGACAACUCUGACGCCGGAUAUCACGAAGAUGAAGAGGUGGACGAUGACGAUGAGGAGGAGGGCGAAGUGGACGAUGAGGAGGAACGUCAACUGAUGAGACAGAAACUGCUGGCAGGGAACAGUUCCAAACGAUUGCGUGGUAAGGAUAGUUGCUGCUCCGCCGGAUCUGUUGGUGCCGUUGGUGCUAAUAGCAUUAUCGCUAGCAGUAGGCCCAGCGACGGCCCAAGUUUAGUUCCAUUGCGCCGGAAACUAAGCUCUAAAUCUAAGUCUGGUUCAUUGGGAGGAGUUGCAGGCAGCAGUACGGGUCCGGGUUCCUCAGGAGGAACGUUGGCGGAUGUACGAAUGAUUGAUUUCGCGCACACGACGUUCGAAAUUAAGAACGGCGGUGCAUCGUUAUGUAGCAGUGCAAAUGUUAAGGUGCACCACGGUCCGGACAGUGGGUUCCUCCGUGGGCUCGACAGCCUCAAACGUAUACUAUCGGAAAUAUGUGAGGAAUACUAUUGAAGCGAAGCAACUCGGAGAGACGUGAAGUGGAAGGCACAUAGUGCUGGAAUGACUGUGUAUAGAUAGUGUAGUGAAAGAAGGCGGUGAGACGCACGAGCUGCGACUCAAUGUUAUGUACGUGCAAUUUGCAAUUGAAAAUCGCCAGGAUCGUGCGUCGUCGGUCGCGAAUUCCGGACUCACAAUAGUGUGAUGUUUUAGCUUACUUAGCUUAUUUUCGAUUUGUUUUACAUUUGAAUUUCUUAAAGUCCUCAAUGCCCGGGUUCGAGUGUUAUUUGCUCCUUCCUAUCUAUUGUUUACGAUUCGUUCUUGGGUAUUCUUUCAUUUAGGUGAAGAAUUAAAUCUCAUUGUCCUUGUUUCACACCUCACAGUGUAGUGCAGGAUGAAAAAUUAGCUGUUUCGUCGAAUUCACCCGAACGAAAUCGGUUGGUUAGGUUAGGGCUAGGGCGAUUUUCAUAGUUUCAGCCCCAAAGCUCGGACGAAGUGAACAGAACAGAAUUUACAACAAGCAAUUAUAGCUAGAAGGAACGAUUGAUGACACCGGCAAGCUAUACGAUAACGUCACGGUUUGACGAACCUACAUAUUCGUUGCGAUUACAGUAGAAAGGAACAAAACAAUGGUGAUUUUGAAAAGGGAUAAUUGUGAUACUAAAAGCAUUUGUCGGUCCCACUCAACAAAGCCAUCCCCUUUUUAGUUAACGUUCGUUCCAAAACGCUCAACAUCUUUCGUAUGUUUUAAAUGUUAUGUAUCGUACGUCUCGUAGGCAUAGUCGUGUGUGUAUUUAAGUGAAGAUAAAGGUGGUUCAAAAAUAUGAAAGUACAA